UCCAGACUCAACUAUAGAGGGGGCUAUUGCAUUUAGUAUAUUUGGAUAAUGUCAUUUUUAAUCUUUUGUUUUUUCAGGCCAUCUGAUGCCAAGAGUAAAUUGACCCCAGCUCAUCCAUUGGAGUAUUCUGAAAAGCAUUAUGUUGAAAACCAGCAAGAAAUCACCAUGCAGAUGCUACGAAACACACAGGGACUUCAUGCACCUCUGAAGCUAAGGUUAGAGCAACACAUGCUCAAACAGAUACCUAAAGGACCUUGUAUUGCAAGUACAAAUGUUGGUCUUGAAACCUUGACCGGAGAAGACGAAACCAUUGAUGUCAAGGAUGUUUUUAAUGCUCCUUAUGAUGCUGAGGUCAUGGGUCACCCACAAGCAAUGAUGGAGAGGAAACUUGGACUGCUAUGAACACCACCAUCUAUGUUGAACCAGCUUUAGUUUAGCCUUUCACGUACAGGCAUCUUUUCCUAUUUGUCUGAAAUUUUAUUAUUUUGGACUACUUCAAAUAUGUUAAACUAUUAGUAUGAAAAUUAAGUCAAGUAUAUAUAAAAUGUCGGAGUGCUUUAGAUGUGCACUCCUGGAAUCAAGAUUAAGAAAUGGACUAACAAGUAAAAACUCAAUACUGAAAUGCUAACUCUGUAUUUAGGAAACCACAACAUGUCAUUCAAGCAGUUCGUUUCUACACGUUCACACACUGUUGCUAUUAAACAACAUAGUGCGCAGACUUCAAAUCCAACAGUGAGCCCUCAUAAUUCGGACUGUUUAGUAUUAUACUACGAACUGCUCAGUUAAGUAACAUGCUCAUGGGACAGAUGUUGCGCUACAGUUUUUUUUAAGCCAAUAAAGAGAAUGAUGUUAGCUAUAGCUCACAUCCAUAGCCAUUAGUGAUAAUUUCGUCAAUCAACGAAUCAAUCUCCAUUCGUUGUCCAUUUGAGCACUUGAAGAUGCACUGCUGUCUGCUGAUUGUCGAUGGAAGACUGUCAUCGACAAUCAUUAGAAAUCAUCUGUUACGCACAUUGUUGCAUUUAAUUCUUCUCCAGACUUAAUAAUAAUCGUGAAGUAAUGAUGAAAUAUCGUGAAGUAAAUUUGCUGGUGUUGUAGUUGCAACAAGUACUCAAAUGACAGUUUCCAUUCCUCUGUUUUUAUGAUGUUUUACUACAGUAAUUACUUCAUUAUGUUUGCUUGAAAUGUCACAAAAGUUAGAAUUACUGUUGGUAUAAUUCCACCUCUGAUAUAAGCCUACCCUCAGUCUUACUCCCAAUUUUACGUACUAGCCUUCCCUCGGGCAAAAGUCCAGGGUACAGUAUGGUUUGAAUGAGUACUGUAACUAACCAUAGUUUUAUAAACAAUCUAAAAAGAAAAUGAAAUAUAUUGGUUUUGAAUUAGGCAUGCAGUACUGAAAAAUUACCUUUUGAUUGAAAUAGGGAUUCCCCGGGUAUAAACCAACCCCCCUCCCCCUCCCCCUCCCAACAUCAUCCCAAUUUUGUGUUGAAGGGGGUGGACUCUUUACCUUUUAAUAUGUUUAAUUGACAUUUUUGCUGAAAUGUUGAUGACUGAAAAGAAAGUAAAAUAAUUGAAUCUCAUUAUUAAAAUAUGUGCACUUUAGUGUUUUUUUGUAUGUUUUGAAGGUUAAAACAUUUAUUUACAGCAUAAUGAUGAUUUUGGAACCCUUAAUGUUCUCUAAAGAAGUGUUGUAAAACCUUGGGUAGUGGAAGGGCUUUGUGAGAAAAAUUCUGCAAACAACAAUUAAGUCAGCACUUGGCAUUGACGUCCAAACAGAAAAUGAAUACAGUUAUAUUUGAACAAGUGCCCCACUUUUAAUAAUUAUUAUUUGGUGUUUCAUUUCAUUCAUUGCUUUAGCAGCAAAAAUAAAAUCUUGAAUCUAGAGAACAUAAGCAGUAUAAAUCCGUGAGGUAAGCAAACCAAGGUUCAGAGAAAUGCAUUGCAAAAUUUACGAACAUCGUAGCAAUUUACGAACAUCAUAACAAUAGAAAAAACGUACCUAUGCAAAAAACGUAGUAUGCUGUAGAAAUUUUACAGAGAAAAUAACCACAUAGAGGGCGGUAUCACAUCCAUUAAUUUUCAUCAUAAAAGUAAAACGAGAUAAUAUCAAUAAUAUGGAUUCAUUAUUUAGCUGAUAAUCAAUUUAAUGAUGUGCUAAAUAAAAAGUCUAUAUCAGCAAAAA